UCGUCUGCCCCAUCCACGUGGGUGUGGAUCUCGCGCUCCUAUUGGCUGACGUCAGCGGGAGCUCUGCUGUGAUUGGUCGAGCUGCCGCGGUGGGCGGUUUUUUUUUUAAUAUUUUAUCUGGACCGUAGAAGUGGUGUAGUGACAAUGUUAAUUGUCGAGACUUUGCAGGGGCCGCCUCGUAGGUAGGAGAGCUCAGCGAGAGCCUCUCCCGUUUCCAGCCCGAACAAGGAGGCUCGCAGCUCCGGACCAUGUGCUCUGAUCAAAACCCUGUGAGACAUUCAAGAGGAAUUCUGUUUUUUUGUUGGUUUUUUUUGUAACCAGACCUUUUUAGGGUUUUUAAAGAGCGCUCGUGACGUUUUGUGGCAUUAGCUCGACUAUGUAGCAUUUCGGAAGCUGGAUAAAAGCAACAAGAAGAGAAGAAUAAAGAAAGAAGGGAAGAUAAUUUGGUUUCCUGGAUGUUGUCAUGACCGGAGAGGACUUGUUCUGACUGAGAGGUGCUGAGUGAAAGGAAAAAAAGAGAGGGAGAGGUUUCUGAAUGCCGCCGUUGAUUUGCAGGCAGCGCGAGGGACGCUAGUCGAAGCGGCGGGAUCUGUUUCACCUCCUCCUCCUCCUCCUCCUCUUCCUCACUGCUCGUCUUGUCUCCCUGCCCGCCCCGCCGCCGUCCCUCUCCCUGACCACAGGUUAUCGGAUGGACCAGCAUCCCAGCGCCCGGAGCUGCACCAGUCGCGGGGCUUCCUCCUGCAGCGAGGCCGUCCCGACCGAACCGUCCAUGAAUCUGUACAUCCACACCACCACCAGCACCCGCUUCGAGCUCUCCCUGCCCUUGGAGGAGACCGUGGAGGGACUGAAGAGGAGGCUCUCGCAGAGGCUCAAAGUACCGAAAGAGAGACUCGCUCUGCUGCAUAAAGAAACGCGACUAAGUUCAGGCAAACUCCAGGAUCUGGGCAUCUCUGAUGGGAGCAAGUUAACACUUGUACCAACAGUCGAAGCAGGAUUAAUGUCUCAAGCAUCAAGACCAGAGCAGUCAGUAAUGCAAGCGUUGGAGAGUCUAACAGAAACUCAGGUCAGUGACUUCCUGUCCGGCCGCUCUCCUCUCACCCUGGCGCUGCGAGUCGGUGACCACAUGAUGUUCGUCCAGCUCCAGUUGGCAGCACAACAAUCUGGUACUCCCCAGCUCCAGCACAGGCACCUCAUCACCCGGGGCAACGCUGAGGCGGCCAUGGGUCAGCCCACAGGGCAGCCCCGUGUUCCCCAUACUCACCCACACUCCCAUCACCACACCCCCCACCAGCCACACAAUCAUCCCAGCCCCCAUUUAUCUCAGCCUCAACUCGUCCCGGCCUCUCCAGGCUCCCCUUCUUUCCCCUUGCCCCCCACACACCACCAGCCGCUCCCUCCCAUGRACCACCAGUCGCCCUCCUCUGCUCACUGUAGCCCCCCUACUCCCCCACCACACUCCCCUCGCCCUUCCCAUGUCCCUGGGGGUCUUUACCGCUCUCCAGCUCAUCAUCAUCAUCAUCAUCACAAUCACCAUCAUCACCACCACUACCACCACCAGGCCUCCUCAGGCCAACCCAGCCACGAUGUCGGCCAGGUCAGCCCCGUAGCUCCUGUAGUCCUCUGUCCUGAGGCUAACUGCAGCCCCAGCAGCCCCACCAGCCCCAGCAGUGGCACUAGUUCCUUGCCACGUUCACGUAAACCUGGUGCCAUCAUUGAGAGCUUUGUCAACCAUGCUCCCGGAGUCUUCUCAGGGACUUUUUCAGGCACUUUGCACCCUAACUGCCAGGACAGCAACGGGCGUCCAAGAAGGGAUAUUGGUACCAUCUUACAGAUCCUCAACGACCUUCUGAGCGCCACACGCCACUACCAGGGCAUGCCCCCCUCCCUCACCCAGCUCCGCUAUCAGACCCAGUGUGGCUCACCCACAUCCCCGUCCCCCUCACCGCCCCCUUCGCCUCCAGUCGUUGGCAUGACGGGUCUCUCUGCCAAAGCUACCUCUGUGCCUGCUGGCAGCCCUGGCAGCCCCGCUCCAACUCUCCAUCCACUGGUGCAAUGCCAGAGCCAGAUCCGCAUGUGCAAACCCCCCGGUGACCGCGUGCGUCAGACCGAAAACCGUGCAACGCGCUGCAAGGUGGAGCGUCUGCAGCUGCUGAUGCAACAGAAGCGUCUGCGCAGGAAGGCCAGGCGGGACCAGCGCGCUCCCUACCAGUGGCUGCCCAACCGCAAGGCCGGGCGCAGCAACAGCAACAGCAGCAUGUCCAGCGAGGGCUCUCUGGAUCUGGACUUUGAGGAUUCCGUGUGGAAACCGGACGUAAAGGCCGAUUUGAAGUCUGAGUUCGUCAUGGCUUGAAUCCUGCGCUCCGCUCCCAUAUCAAAGCUUCGGAGAUGCGUUUCUUGGGAUUUACUUGGAGACAUAUUAUGGAUGGAGUGCACUGACAGGAUGUGUUACUUAACUGCAAAGAGGGAAUCCAAGUUGUGACUGUUAUUUGUCACAUGAAACAAAAAAGCCUCCCUGCAGACCUUUAUCCCAUUCUGUCCUUCACAGUUGAUAUUGUGAAAAGCAUCAACAAUAGCAAAAGAGCUUUGAUGUGAUGCUUGGAUUUGGACAGGCAACAACUGGACUUCAUUAUGUACAAGACUUUUUUUUUUGUUGUUUUUGUUUUAAAAGGUGUGAUAUCUGAGCUCACACCUGGACUUGAGCAUAGCAGAACUUAGUGGGUGGUGUUUUUUUUUUUUUUUCUACAUUUUUUUAAGUGCACUCUGGGCAGAAAUGAAGAGAUCCACACUGGACUUAUGAUCAAGACGAGGAGCAACAGAGACUGUGGAAUUUACCAAUGGGCAUUUUUAUUAUUCUCAAGACUAACCGAUCAGAGUCCAGAUUUGUUUGCUGUUACGGGGUGGUUAAACUGUUUCUUCGCUCCUUUUUUUCCACUUUUAAGCAUAUUAUAUUUUAUAAACAAAACAAUAUGUAGCAUUGUUCACAAAGCAUUCAGGUUUUCAUAUAACAGUUCAAAGUAGUUGUUUAUUUGCACACAAUCUUGAUUUCAAACAGCUGGUCAAAAUGUGCAAGGAGGAGGAGUAGGUGGGGCCUGAAAUAGAAAGAAAAGGAAUAUUGAAGUAUUGAUAUCAACCUCAGUGACGUAGGGUAUCGAUAGGAAUGACUUAAUAAAUAAACAAGAUGAAUUAAUAUUAAACGAAGUGCUUUAGAGGAUUUUAWAAUCUUUAAAAUAUAAAUUGGAAAACUCUAUUUUUGUUUUCUCUUCCUAUCUGCUGUUUUGUAAAAACAGCAACCCUCUGUGGCUUCAGUCAACAUGUUGAUGGCCAGUAAAAAAUAAAAAAUAAAAUAAGUGCAUCAUUUCUGAAUGAUGUCGUCUUUCUCCAACAAAAGGAUGCAGAGAGACGUUUGUCAACCAGCCCGGCUGAUGUCACGCAGACCUGAAUGGAGCUGUUGAGGGAUUUGGAGUUUGUGUACAUAAAUGUGACAAUAGGCAAAUGUUUAUGAGGGUGUGUUUGAAAUUUGACUUCAACUAUUCCACGUUGUUUUGUCCAGUUGUUUUCAACCGAAUAACCCCAGAUUAUUUUUUCAAGCAUCGGUUACAAAUUAAUACCACAACAAAAUAAAAUCAGAAGGCCCCUUUUGAUGUCCAAGUCCUCCUGACAAUGACUCUAGUGAAGAAAAAGAAACGGUGACAUCAUUAUUACCUGCAGCAGUACAUCCAUUGACAUAUCAGGUUAGGCCUUUUUUAUUCCUUUGUUUUGACAGUCUUGCUGCUACGUAUGGUAGAUUAAAAGAAGAAAAUAAAAGCAAAAGAGGAAAAAGUGACUUAUUUGCAUGCAGAAGUGUAAACUCACAGCGAUCUCUUUUAUAAUGACGAAAGAAAAAAACUGGUGUUUUUUGGUAAUGAAGGUUAACAACAUGCAUGAACUUGUGAAGAAAACAAACAAUGCUGCUUUUGUUGGUUCUGGUUUUUUGUGACUUAAGUUUCGAUGUUAAAAACAACAGUGUCCUGCUAAAAAAAAAA